AUGGAGAGCUUUGCCCUGAUCCUACUUUACCUUGGCAUCCUGGUGGUGCCUGGCUUUCUCUUCUCUUCAUUCCGGCGUUUUACAGGAUGGUCCACAAAAGCCUUCACGGGUGGCAAGACAUCCAAAACUCUUGCAAAGUUCCUUGGUCCCAAGCAAUAUCCCAUCAUUGGCCGUGUCCAUGAUUUGCCCAGGUUUGCCAUGUGGCUCAAGCUCAAAGAAUGGGCGGACGAGUUUGGGCCAAUAUACCAAACCAGCAUGCUUGGUCAGAAGUUUGUGAUUAUUUCUGACGAGGGCAUGGCUCAAGAUCUUCUCAUCAAAGAUGGCAACAAGUUUGCUGGAAGACCCCAGAUCAGGGCGCUUAUUGACCACAAAUUGGGCCCGGCAUACUCUGCAUUGAUGGACCGCCACGACACUUGGAAGUACCAAAGAAAAUGGGUUCAUGCGGCUAUGGCGGCUGCUCAUCAACACCACUUCUAUGGACACAUCGAGAACGAGGUUAAGCGCUGGCUGGUGACCCUCAUUCUUGACCCAGAGAAGUUCCACGGAAACACCCGCGAGCUGACAGGCCGCAUCAUCAGCCGCCUAGCUUGGGAUGAUUCAACACAAGGCCGAGCAUACGGCGACAGUGCUAUUGAAACACUGACAAGGAUGUCCAUCUCUGGUCCCAUCGUCAACACCGUGACACCAUUGUGGCACAUUGCAGAUCUCGUCCGUUACAAUCCUUGGCGCAAAUAUGAAGUCAAUCGAGAGAAGAAUCAGCGCGCUUGGUGGUUGAAGACGUUCCGGCUGGCCAAGGCAAGAUACCUCAGAGGUGACUUGCCGUCGGACACGUGGACCUACCGGUACUUUGACCAGCUGCAGAAGAGUGGAAACGAGACCCUCAAGCAGGACGAAAAGGACGAAGACUUUGCGGCCUGCAUGCUUGGCUUCCAGUGCCUUGUUGGUGUGGUCACCAUCUCUGGGCCCAUGCAGUUCUUCUUGAUGUGCAUGGCGCUUCAUCCCGUGUGGUUGAAGAAGUGCCAAGAGGAGAUUGACCGGGUCUGUGGUGACAGAAUGCCGAACCGUGAUGACUUUGCCGAACUCCCAACCGUCAGAGCUUGCUUGAAAGAAACCCUUCGGUGGAGAUCCGGCGUACCUCUCGGGGUUCCCCAUCAAUGCGAGCAGGAUUCCGAGUUCCAGGGGGUGAAGAUUGAAAAAGGCACCAUCAUCCUUGCCUGCGAAUGGAAUAUCAACCGUGUCCCAGAAAAGUACCCUGACCCAGAACACUACCGCCCGGAUCGCUACUUGGAUCCCAGCUUCCCCACGUAUCAGGAGCCGCUCAGCCGGUACCCGAACUUCCGCGAGGGAAUGGGCAUGCAUACGUUUGGCUGGGGUCGACGGACUUGUAUGGGUCAGAACCUGGUAGACGACGAGAUGUUUGUCGCCGGAGCAAGCGUAUGCUGGGCUUUCGACAUGAGCCUCAAGAAAUGCCCCGCCACCGGCGAGGAUGUGACAUUUGACACGCAGGCCACGAAUUCCAACGUGAUUCUAGAGCCUUUGCCAUUCCCCAUGCAGUUCAAGGUCAGAAGUCCUGAAAGAGCUAAGGAUGUCUUCGAGGGGUACAAUGCCGUCAGAGAUACCUUGAAAGUCUGA